GAGAAAGCAGCAAGAGAGAGAAAUUAAAAAGGGAAAAAAGCCCAAUAGCCUGGAGAGACUUGUAUGUUUGCCCUUUGUAAUGACGUAGUGUCCUGUGCCUCUCCCCUCGUUCCCUUCCCCUCCCUUCGGCCAGCCCCCACCCCUCGCCCCUCACAGCCUUGGAAGCCACAGUUAAGCGGCUCUGGGAUAAAACACACUGGCUGCAGGAGGACUGGGGCAUUGCUUCAAGAGAUGGCAAGGCAGCUGGCUGCAUCCCUCCUUCCCGGAGUCCUCCUCCUCCUCCUCGCCAUCCUCCCGACUUCUCGGCAAGGAGGGGUGCCUGGUGCUGGAGCGGGAGUUCCGGUUCUAGGAUAUUACCCAGGAGCUGUUGGGGUUGGAGGCCUAGGGGUUGGAGCUGGACUCGGAGGUGCAGGGCUCGGUGUUGGCGCGAAACCUGCCAAGCCAGGCCUCGGGGGACUUGGCGCACUUGGCCUGCAGCCAGGUGGUGUAGUCCAGCCAGGUUUCUACCCGGGCGGCCUCUACCCGGGGGCUGGGCUGGGAGCCUAUAAAGCUGCUGCAAAAGCUGGUGCUGGUGUGGGCGGAGUGGGCGGAGUCAACGGUGUGGGUGGACCCGGCGGUGUUGGGGUCUCCACAGGUGCUGUAGUGCCCCAGGUUGGGGUGCAGCCAGGAGUAGGCGCUGGAGGGAAACCUGCCAAGGUACCAGGUGUUGGCAUUCCAGGUGUGUACCCGGGUGGCGUGCUUCCAGGAACAGGGGUCCGUUACCCUGGCAUAGGCGUCCUGCCUGGUGUGCCCAUUGGGACUGGAGUCAAGGCAAAAGCCCCAGGAGCAGCAGGAGCCCUUGCAGGAAUUCCCGGAUUUGGAGGCUUCGGGGGCCAGCAGCCCGGCGUCCCUCUGGGAUAUCCCAUCAAACCCCCCAAGCUCCCAGGUGGCUAUGGGCUGCCCUACAGCACUGGAAAGCUGCCUUACGGGUACGGACCAGGCGGGCUAGGUGCUGGUGCUGCGGGAAAGGCAGGAUACCCCACAGGGACAGGAGUUGGAGCUCAGGUAGCAGCAGCUAAAGCAGCAGCUAAAUAUGGUGCUGGCGUCGUGCCUGGUGCUGCUGGCAUCCCCGGAGUCGGAGGUCUCGGAGGCCUGGUGCCCGGAGUUGGGGGUCUCCCUGGAGUUGCAGGUGUCCCUGGGGUUGCAGGAGCUGAAAGCCCAGCGGCAGCAGCGGCAGCAGCAGCAGCAGCAAAAGCAGCUAAGUACGGCGCGGCUGGUGUUGGAGGCCUGGUGCCCGGUGUUGCCGGUGUCCCUGGUGUGGUGCCCGGUGUCCCUGGUGUGGUGCCCGGUGUCCCUGGUGUCCCUGGCGUGGUGCCUGGUGUCGGCGGUGUCCCAGGAGUUGGAGCUGGAAUACCAGCAGGAGCGGCAGCAGCAGCAGCAGCAGCAAAAGCCGCCAAGUACGGCGCGGCUGGUGUUGGAGGCCUGGUGCCCGGUGUUGCCGGUGUCCCUGGCGUGGUGCCCGGUGUCCCUGGUGUGGUGCCUGGUGUCCCUGGUGUCCCUGGCGUGGUGCCCGGUGUCGGCGGUGUCCCAGGAGUUGGAGCUGGAAUACCAGCGGGAGCGGCAGCAGCAGCAGCAGCAAAAGCCGCCAAGUACGGUGCGGCUGGUGUUGGAGGCCUGGUGCCCGGUGUUGCCGGUGUCCCUGGCGUGGUGCCCGGUGUCCCUGGUGUGGUGCCCGGUGUCCCUGGUGUCCCUGGCGUGGUGCCUGGUGUCGGCGGUGUCCCAGGAGUUGGAGCUGGAAUACCACUGGGAGCGGCAGCAGCAGCAGCAGCAGCAGCAAAAGCCGCCAAGUACGGCGCAGCUGGUGUUGGAGGCCUGGUGCCCGGUGUUGCCGGUGUCCCUGGUGUGGUGCCUGGUGUCCCUGGUGUGGUGCCUGGUGUCCCUGGUGUGGUGCCUGGUGUCGGCGGGAUCCCUGGCGUGGUGCCUGGUGUCGGUGGUGUCCCAGGAGUUGGAGCUGUAAGCCCGGCAGCAGCGAAAGCAGCCGCGAAAGCAGCAGCAUACGGGGCUGGACGCAUACCAGGUGUGGCACCCGGAGUUGGAGGCUUGGUGCCUGGUGUUGGUGGAGUCCUGGUGCCCGGUGUUGGAGGAGUCGUCAGUCCAGCAGCAGCAGCCAAAGCAGCAGCUAAAGCAGCCAAGUACGGAGCUGGCGGUGUCGGAGGCCUGGUGCCCGGUGGAGUCGGAGGCCUGGUGCCUGGUGGAGUUGGAGGCCUGGUGCCCGGUGGAGUCGGAGGCAUCCCAGGACUCAGUCCCGCAGCAGCUAAAGCAGCUGCCAAAGCAGCCAAGUACGGUGCUGGCCUCGCACCUGGAGUCGGCGGGGUGCCAGGCUUAGUGCCUGGGGUCGGCAGGCUGCCAGUCGCAACGCCGGGGGCUGGUGGGCUGCCAGUUGUAACGCCGGGCACUGGGGGAGUGCCAGUCUUUGUGCCCGGUGCAGGAAGAGUGCCAGGCACGGGCAUUAUACCUGGAGCAGGGAUUCCCCAGCUGGGCGUGCAGCCAGGCGCCAAGCCUCCAAAGUACGGGUUCGGUGUUGGGGGCCUGCAGCCAGGGGCUGGAGUUCCUGGCUUCGGUUUGUCUCCCAUUUACCCAGGUGGACUCGCUGGCCAGCUGGGAUACGGUGGAAAACCUCUCAAGACCUAUGGUGGGGCCCUGGGAGCCCUGGGAUACAUAGGUGGCGUGGGCUGUGCGCAAGGGAAGUACUGUGGCAGGAAGCGGAAGUAACCCAGCCAGGCUGCUACCAUUAACCUCAUGAACUUUGGUGCUACUGCAUGGUCUAGAAUGUAAACCCUGAGUAAAGCAGUGAUCCCGCCCCCCUCCCCCGCUCCCCCCGCUGGCCCCCCGGAGGGAACUCCACGGCCCCUGACGCCCCCUUCACUCUGGCCCGGGGGUCCCCGCCCUCUCUCCAGCGGGAAGCACAGAACAAACUGCGGGAAACAACGAUCCCACUGGUGCUAAAGCUCCCUGCGGAGAGAGCCGGGCAGGCCUCCGUAGGGCGGGGGCUUCUCUGGGCAGGGCCCCUCCCCAGGGGCCCUGGCGGGGAGGAGAUGGGGGCUAGUUUCCAAGAGACCAGCGAGGGGCUGGGCUCCACCUGCCGCCAGCACAUGGGCGAAUGGCCCAUCAGCAGCGCCCGGCUCCAGCACAUCCCAGCUGCUCCCAAGACUCUGUCCAGCUGGCAUUGGUGCCACGUGCCAGGGACUGCUUAGCAGCUAGCCAGCCUUGAUCCCCCACCUUUGUGUCCGUCAGCCCCAUCCGUGCCUGCCCGCCCCAGGGCAGGGUGCCACGGGAUGGGGUUCGUGGGCUCCAUGCAGGCGGGCAGGGGAAUGCCUCCUGCUCAGACACUUAUGCCAGUGGGGCCAGUAGGGGCUCGUGAGUGGGUUAAAUUCACCCCAGAGUUCUUUGCGACAGGGCCAUCUGAUUGGCUGACCUGUCCUCGCGCUGGAGGACACGACCCUCCCGGUGCGUGGGGAGGGGCUGGCACUAUCAGCAGAGCCAAGUCACUAACACUGAUGGGAUUAGCCAUGCGCCCGCCCUCACUCAGCAGUACUGUACGGGCAGCCAGCGCCAGCCCAGCCCUGCCGUGUCUCCGAGGCCCUGCUGGGACCUGCCCUUCCUCUUGCCCUGGAUGCCCGUGUGUUCCUGAGAGCCGUGGGCCAGAAGGAAUCGCACCUCUCCAUGUUACUCACUUGGUAUAGCUCGGGUGGGACAUGUUAUAAAGAGGGAAAGUAACUGCUUCCAAACGACUAAUAAACAAUGACUUCUAAACGA